ACCUCUCGAUGAGGGGGGCGAAGUAGAGCAUCUUACGAGAAAGAAGGAAGAAAGAAGAAGAAAGACUGCAGAGUAGAAAAGGCAAAAGGCACUAAGCCGCGUUGAGCAGGGGAUGACAUAAGCGCCCCUCCGGAAAUUCAUUCGCAUCUUUUCCCCUCGCGAUAACGAAGAAAUUGUGCACCGCAUUCUGGCAUCACCAUGACUCUGUCUGCCGCCCCUCUUAUUUGAUCCGAUCACUUCCCCGGAGUAGCAGUAGGUGCAUCUUACUCUCGUGCCAGCCAUGCCUCCCCGCAAGAGGCCUCAGGCUGUUGCUGCCAGCGCUCGAGCAAAGGCGUCAGAGUCUGCCGCCAAUGCCAAAGCAGCCACGGCCGAUGCAGCCAAACCAAAGCGUACCCCCCAAUCCAAGCAGCCGCCCGCGCCCGAAAAGUCCGCGCCCGCCGCGGAGGAGAAUCCUCAAGCGGACGAUCAGCAGGGAGCGAAGCAGGAUGAGUCGCAUUCUACCUACCGCCAUCGGGAUCCGUUCGAUGCUCUUCUCGAGCCUUUCUACUACAACAAAUCCUUAACGGACCCGAUCAACACCGCCAAGGAUAAAUGGAACCUGCUGCCGGCAUUCCUGAAGGUGAAGGGACUGGUGAAGCAGCACAUUGACUCAUACAACUACCUCGUCGAAGUGCAGCUGAAAAAGAUUGUCGAGUCGGCCUCGACCAUCCGCAGCGACGUCGAUCACAAUUUCUACAUCAAGUUCACCGAUAUUUACCUGGGAGCUCCGCGACGCGCCGACGAACCCCAGGAUGUCGGCGUUGCCUUUGAUGGAUCGUCGGUGUCUCCCCAAGAGUGUCGACUUCGAGACACGACGUACGCGGCACCCAUCCAAGUCGACUUCGAGUAUCUCCGUGGUCGCCAAAGGGUCAGGAAAAUCGGUGUUUGCAUUGGAAGAAUGCCGGUCAUGCUUCGCAGUUCGAAAUGCGUUUUGUCCAACAAGUCACCGGCGGAGAUGACUGUGCUCAAUGAAUGUCCUCUGGACCCCGGUGGUUACUUCAUUGUCAACGGAACGGAGAAGGUCAUUCUUGUUCAGGAGCAAUUGAGCAAGAACAGAAUUAUCGUCGAAACAGACCCCAAGAAGGAGAUCGUCCAGGCAUCUGUUACAAGUUCUUCCAACGAGCGCAAGUCGAAGAGUUACAUCAUUUGCAAGAAAGACAAACUCUAUGUGAAGCACAAUGUUUUGAACGAAGACAUCCCCAUCGUUAUCCUCCUCAAGGCCAUGGGCAUUCACACCGACAAGGAAAUGAUGCUUCUCGUCGCCGGUGUCGAUAAGGUUUACCAAGAGGAUUUUGCAAUCAACUUCGAGGAAGCAAUCAAGCUCGGUAUCUACACGCAGCAGCAGGCUUUGGACUGGAUCGGUGCCCGGAUCAAGAUCAACCGCAAGCAAAUGUCCUACCGUCGAACUCACGUCCAGGAAGCUGUGGAGGCCAUCGCAUCCGUGAUCAUCUCCCACAUCGAGGUCAAGGACAUGGAUUUCCGACCCAAGGCCAUCUACGUCGCGCACAUGGCUCGCCGUGUGCUCAUGGCCAAGAACGAUUCCUCUCUCGUGGAUGACCGUGACUAUCUCGGAAACAAGCGACUGGAACUGGCGGGUCAGUUGUUGGCUUUGCUCUUCGAAGAUUUGUUCAAGAAGUUCUGCUUUGAUAUUAAGAUGAACGUCGACAAAGUUCUCAACAAGCGCAAUCGUGCCGAAGCGUUCGAUGCCUGGAGUGUUAUGAGUAUGCAUAGCAAUCAUAUCACCCAGGGUAUGAACCGCGCCAUUUCCACCGGUAACUGGAGCUUGAAGCGUUUCCGUAUGGAACGUGCUGGUGUUACUCACGUGCUCAGUCGACUGAGUUAUAUUGCUGCGCUGGGUAUGAUGACCCGUAUCAGCAGUCAGUUCGAAAAGACUCGAAAGGUCAGUGGACCCAGAGCUUUGCAGCCGUCGCAAUUCGGCAUGCUCUGUCCUGCAGAUACUCCAGAAGGUGAAGCCUGUGGUCUUGUUAAGAAUCUUGCACUUAUGACCCACAUCACCACGAACGAUGAGGAGGGCCCUGUCAAAACCUUGAUCUUCAUGCUGGGAGCCGAGGACAUCUCAACAGUGGGUGGAAAGGAGCUGUAUGGGCCCGGGUGCUAUACGAUCUCAAUCAACGGAACACCGAUGGCCCUCACUCGCCGCCCUAAGUUUUUCUUGGACUCCUUCCGCAGAUUGCGCCGAAUGGGCCGGAUCUCCGAGUUUGUCAGUAUCUACAUUAACCACCACCAGCGAGCCGUCCACGUUGCCACCGAUGACGGACGAAUUUGCAGACCGCUUAUUGUUGUCGAGAAUGGAAAGUCUCGCGUGAAUGCAGAGCACUUGAGCAAGUUGCGCGAUGGGACAAUGGAAUUCGACGACUUCCUAGCCCAGGGACUGGUGGAAUACCUUGAUGUCAACGAGGAGAACGACUCGCUUAUUUCCAUCUACGAGAAGGAUAUUAGCGAGACGACCACGCAUUUGGAGAUUGAGCCGUUCACCGUUCUUGGAGCUGUGGCCGGUCUAAUUCCGUAUCCGCACCACAAUCAGUCGCCUCGAAACACUUACCAAUGUGCCAUGGGUAAACAAGCUAUUGGCGCAAUUGCGUCGAACCAGUUCCUCCGCAUUGAUUCCAUUCUUUAUCUCAUGGUGUAUCCUCAAAAGCCGAUGGUUAAAUCUCGCACGAUUGAGUUGACCAAGUACGAUCAGCUCCCCGCUGGUCAGAACGCCAUUGUCGCGGUCAUGAGUUACUCGGGCUACGAUAUUGAGGAUGCACUGGUAUUGAACAAGGGCUCUGUGGAUCGUGGUUUCGGACGUUGCCAGGUGUUUAAGAAACAGGUCACCAACCUGAAGAGUUACUCGAACGGCACGAAAGACCGAUUGAGUCCGCCCCAGUAUGAGAAUGACGCUCCUAUCCGAAAGCAUGCUCUCCUUGAAAGCGAUGGUCUGGCGUCGGUUGGUGAACAAGUCAACGCUGGCGAGGUAUACAUCAACAAGGCUACCCCUGACCAAUCGCACGGGUCUGGAAUCACUGGCUCGGAUGUUGGCCGACCAGUCCAGUACAUGCCUACACCUAUGACUUAUAAACUUCCUGACCCGGCGUACAUUGAUCAGGUCAUGGUCUCCGUCACCGAAAACGAGAACCAGCUCGUCAAGGUGCUCACCCGUCAAACCCGUCGGCCUGAAGUCGGUGACAAAUUCUCAUCCCGCCACGGACAGAAGGGUGUUGUGGGUAUUAUCGCCGACCAAGCCGACAUGCCGUUCACUGACCAGGGUAUUAACCCUGACAUUAUCAUGAAUCCCCACGGUUUCCCGUCUCGAAUGACCGUCGGGAAAAUGCUUGAGCUGGUCGCCGGCAAGGCCGGUGUCCUCUCGGGUCAGCACGGCUACGGCACUUGCUUCGGCGGUAGUCCCGUCCAGGAGAUGUCGCAGAUCCUGAUUGACAAGGGUUUCAGUUACGGUGGCAAGGACUACCUCACCUCCGGUAUCACCGGCGAAGCUCUCCCGUUCUACGUCUUCACCGGUCCCAUCUACUACCAGAAACUGAAACACAUGGUCCAAGAUAAGAUGCACUCUCGUGCGCGAGGACCUCGUGCCAUUCUCACCCGUCAACCCACGGAGGGUCGUUCGCGAGAUGGUGGUCUGCGUCUCGGUGAGAUGGAACGUGAUUGUCUGAUCGCCUACGGAACGAGUCAGCUUCUGCUCGAACGACUGAUGAUCUCCUCUGAUCGGCAUGAAAUCGACGUCUGCGAGCAGUGCGGCUUCAUGGGCUACCUCAACUGGUGCCAGCGAUGCAAGUCCUCUCGUAGCGUGGUCAAGAUGGUCAUUCCGUAUGCGGCCAAGCUGUUGAUCCAGGAAUUGAUGAGUAUGAACGUUACAGCUCGGUUGAAGCUUGCGGACGAGUUUCCCGAGAUGAAAGGACGGUAAGGAAAGGAUGGCAGGGAAAAGAAAAAAAGGAAAAGUUGGCCUCGGCCUUUGAAAAGUGUUCCAAAAAAGGCGUUUUAGUGGUCAAUGUACAUAUCGUUUGUAUGCAUAGCGCACGGUGACUUGGUUUGAAUAGAGGUCCAUGAUUUUUGGUCAGGAUGUAUCUGGAGGACUCUUUUUUCUUUGGCUUCACAGAGUAUGCGAGGGAGAUUUGAUAUAAGCAUUCCCCUAUCCUAUC